GAAAUGUUUUGACUGCCACUUUGCACUCGAGCGCUGCUAUACCUGUGGUGACUAUCAGAACUACUUGUUCACUGCGCGCAACAAGGUUUCACUCACAUCUACCGGAAACCACUCACUGAUGAAACUUCAAUCGAUCUCUUUAGUUCCGUUGUUUUCGGGCUGGCAGAAAGUGUUUGCGGUGCGUGUUGAAGAUUUAACAUUUGUAAUCCAUAAGUUAAAGGAUGGCUCCCCGAAAGGGUAAAGUUCAGCAGGAACAAGUCCAAGUAUCACUUGGCCCUCAAGUCCGAGAGGGUGAAAUUGUAUUUGGUGUGGCACACAUUUUUGCUAGUUUUAAUGACACCUUUGUACACGUCACGGAUUUGUCUGGCAGGGAAACAAUUGCUCGUGUUACUGGAGGAAUGAAAGUGAAGGCUGACAGAGAUGAAGCCUCUCCUUACGCUGCUAUGUUAGCAGCUCAGGAUGUUGCUGAAAAAUGCAAAUCUUUGGGCAUAACUGCUUUGCAUAUCAAGUUAAGAGCAACAGGAGGUAACAAGACCAAAACACCUGGCCCGGGAGCUCAGUCAGCACUACGUGCUCUGGCUCGAUCCAACAUGAAGAUUGGUCGAAUUGAAGAUGUGACUCCCAUUCCUUCAGAUUCUACACGUAGGAAGGGUGGACGAAGAGGUCGCCGAUUGUAAAAACCUAUGUUGUGUGCUGUUUGUGUAAAACAUGCAAUAAAAAUCUAUUUGGGUAACAUCAGUAUAUUUCUAUUCAGUUCCUCAAUUUAUUUAUACAUUUCCACAAGAAACAUGUUUCUAAUAUUGUUAUAUAGGAUUCAAAUUAUUUCAUUCAUGUUGUGCGUUACAUUAUCUGCAGAUUUUCUAAAACACAUUUGGUGUUUUUGGUCUCUUGGUUAAAUGUACAUAUAAAUUGGAAUUAAAGACUUAUCUUUUACUGAACAUAAAAUAGCCCAGUGUUUAAAUUUUUUUUUCUGUGCGUAUACUAUGGGUUUAGGAACAUUGCCUUGGAAAGAAAUAUUUUCAAACAUAUAUAUUUAUUUAAGGAACUUUUUGUGGGGUAGUGAACAAUUUUGCAAAUUAGAUACAUUUUAAACAGUAAAAAAUAAAAGUUUACAUAAACUUGUCCUUCGUUCGCUUUUUCAGCUACUGCUUAUGCAGAACAGAUAAAGUUUGUAAUGCAGUGGGGGGGGGGAAGCAAGUUUUUUACAAAAUCUUUGUGCUGGGCCCUGACAUCUUGUUCCUGAACAUAAGUAACUUCCUUGGAUCCAAAAAAUUGAUUGGCAGUAAAAUGUCUGUCAGUGAAACACAUUAGCAGCUAAACCAUAAGGAUUUUUACCACAUUUUAUAUCGCCCAUUCGAUCCAACUAAAUGUAUCUUCACGUGUUUUUUUUCCUCUGACCAAGGAAAAGCAUAAAGAAAAGGCAUAGAUCACAUUUUCAUUAUCCUCCUAAAUUUUCAAAAAAAUGUUCACAUACAUAGCAAGAAAGUAGCAGUUUUGCUGAACUCGAUAAUUGCGAAUUUGGAAAUUAUAAGUUCAGAUUUUCCAUGCUUUGUGUGAAGCGCUGUCAGUUUGCGAAAAGGCAUUGAAGCGGUUUGAAAUUCUGAGAAUUUUUCUCAUACUUGGUCAUGAUAAUUGUAUAAUUUAGAUAAUAUUCUUAUGAAAGAAUGUUAUCUUAGGAGUAACAAAUAUAUUUCACUUUAAGAAGUUUUGAUCACUUAUGAUAUUAAAAAUGGAAUCUCACUAAUAUAUCACCUGACAAAGAGACCGGCAGAGUUCUGUUGUUCUUGUACUACUUUUUCUGGUACCUUCAUGAGACAAAGAAUUUGACCUCAAGAGUGCAUUGUCCUGUUUGAUUUUGCUUGGUACUGGUCAGUGCAGUGAAUUGACUAAGCUACCUUUUGUGCUAUACUUCAGAAAAAAAAAUUACUCAUCAAUUACAGCAGCAGCUGGUGCCCCAGCGAACUGCAGGUUGCAGUUCCAUGGAAUGACAGAACACUAACCUAUAAUUAAACAAGAACAAUUCAGGUAAAUUAAUUAAAACCAAAUUUAAUAUAAGUAUAUUAACACA